AUGAGGGUGUGUCGCCACUGGUGCGCUCUCAUCAGGAGCAGCGCAAGUUUCUGGAGGGACAUCGUCAUAUCCAAGGACACGAAGUGGUUCGACCUCGCUUUGGGCCGUCUGGGAGGUGCCCCAUUCCGCAUAGAGCUCGCUCCCGGAUGUAGCCUCAAAGCGGUUCUGCCAGUGCUCAAACGACACGCCGACCAGAUCGAGAAGCUGGUUUUCGAAGGGGAGGUGCGCAACACGGAUGUUCCCCACCUUAGAUCCUUCCUUUCUCGCUCUUUCCCUCUCCUAAACAACCUCGCGCUCACGCUGAAGUCAUCUCGCCACAUACGCUCUGUAAAAAGUAGCGUCUGUUCGAGCUCUCCCCUCAGAUGGCUGGACCUCACGCGAACCUCGUUACCUUGGACGAGCUCGCUCUUCACCCACCUCGAGGUCCUGUCUCUGACCGACUGCCGCUCGUCAACCCCAGCCCUUUCUUUCUCCAACUUUCUCGACGCCCUCGAGAACGGAAAGCGACUUCGAUACCUUCAUCUCGAACGAUUCCUCUCCGCCGUGUUGGACCCUCAGACCUCCACCCCACAUGAGCGUCUUAUAACGCUCCCCCAGUUGCAGCACCUCACAUGCUGCGACCUGCCAGCCAACGUUGGGCAGCUGAUGACGCACCUCUAUACCCCCGCUAUCUCGCGUGUAGAACUCCUGGGAGAGUGCCAUGACGUCGGCGCGCCCUCCACCGCCCACGGCUCCUUGCUCCCGGAAGAUGCUAGCAAACGGAUUCCCGUCCUACGGUCCAUCACCCAUGCAUCCCUCAACGUCACCGCCCAAGACAACGACCUUCGUUGUUCCCGCCGUUCACUCGAGUUCGAGAUGAGUUUGGUCGACCCCGAUUCUAUCGAAUUCUGGGACGAAGGACCUUGGGUCGACAGGAGCUUGCGGCAGCUCCCUGCGAUGCUCGGACCUGCGUUGACGGAGCUGGAAGUCGGCGGCUGCCUGGACGUCUCGCAGGCGACUUGGGACCGCGUGUUCGACGCGUUCCCCGCGCUGCAAACGCUGCUCAUCCGAGAGUACGAGUCUGUGCGUUUCCCCACUGCCAUGGUCCAGGACCCACGCCUCUUCACCAAAGAGGCGUGGGUCCUCAUGGUCCACUCCCUCGCCGCUCCUCCCUUGCUCUCAGCCUCACACUACUCAGGCUCUACCAGCGCCGGAAGAUCGCCCCCGGUAUCGCCCCGCGUGCGCUGUCCAAACCUCAAGAUCCUCAGGAUCGACGGCUGGGAUUGGAGUAGGCGUGCAUUGGCCCAGAUCCUGGAUUGCCUGCGCGUGCGCGUCGCGCAUGGCGCGUCUAAGCUGGAGUACCUUGGGAUAGAUGCAGAGGGGGAUGGAUGGGUGCCUGAGCUAGCCCCCGUGCUGGACAAGUACCGCCCGCGGUUUCUUGCAGUCGUGUGCGAGUUCGAUAUUUUCAGGUACUGGUGGUAG